AUGACUCCUCAACUUCAACAGCCCCUGGACACCUACCUGGCUCGGCACCGCCAGCUUUCGCCGACGGCGGCCGUUCGCGUGUCCCCCCUCGCUCUUGGCGCCAUGAACUUCGGCGAGAAGCAGAAGGCUACCAUGGGCGAGUGUACCAAGGAGACCGCCUUCGAAAUCAUGGAUCACUACUAUUCCCAAGGAGGCAACUUCAUCGACACCGCCAACAACUACCAGGCCGGCCAGUCUGAGGAGUGGGUUGGUGAAUGGCUGGCAUCCCGCGGCAAUCGCGACGACAUUGUGCUUGCCACCAAGUACAGCAGUGCCUACCAGCUUCACAAUAAGUCGAAGCUCCAAUCCAACUACGGCGGCAACAGUAUAAAGUCGUUGAAGCACUCCGUCGCACGAUCUUUGAAGGCUCUCCAGACGACCUACAUUGACAUCUUGUACCUUCACUGGUGGGACUAUUCCGCUUCAAUUUCUGAGGUCAUGCACUCGCUCAAUGAUUUGAUCACGUCUGGCCAAGUCCACUACUUGGGCAUAUCAGAUACCCCGGCCUGGGUUGUAGCUAAAGCAAACCAGUAUGCCCGUCUCUCUGGUCUUCGCCAGUUUGUCGUCUACCAGGGCAGCUGGAACGCGUCCCUGCGUGACUUUGAGCGGGAGAUUAUACCCAUGUGCAGGGAUGAAGGCAUGGGUCUCUGCCCUUGGGGUGUUCUCAACGCUGGCCGCUUCCAGACGGAAGAAGGCUUCAAGGAGCGCGAGAAGCACAAUCCCGGUAGACAGAACACGGUAUCAGAGCACGAUAAGAAGGUUUCCAAGGCUUUGGAAAAGGUCGCCAACGCCAAGGGCGCGUCGCUUCUCGACGUCGCAGUCGCCUACGUCAUGCACAAGGCCCCGUUCGUCUUCCCUAUCGUGGGUGGACGAAAGCUAGGCCAUAUCGAGAAUAAUAUCAAGGGACUCGGUCUCGCACUUACGGAGGAGGAUAUCCGGGAAAUUGAGGGUUCGCACGAAUUUAACCCUGGAUUCCCUCACACUUUCCUGAGUGGCACUUCUCUUUUCGGAGGCGCUCCCAAGGGAGCUUACCAUCCUGGGGAUGUGUGGCUCACGAACCUAAUGGGUAAGUUUGACUGGGUUGAUGCCCCUAAGGCUAUCUCACCGGAAUGAUGUCAACUCCCAACAGUGGGGGGAUUUGCGAUUCAUCGUACCUGGAAUACCCCAUAGCUACAAGAGUAGAAAAUUGCCUAGCAAGAUUAGAAAGCUUUGCUCGAUGAAUCUACAGAACCACCAUUAACCAGAUAUGAGUUUAAUGGCUCUGCU